AUUUACAGUGAGAAAGGAUACAGAAUCGGAGGAUCGUCGAUUGUAUCGCGUGCACGUUGAGUGCGAAGUAAAGAUCCGCAAAAGAAACGAUAACGAAUUAUUCCUGCUGGCAUUAUAAGAAUAAUGAUUGAUCUUCGUCAGCGUAGAGGAGGCAGGUUUCUAAUUGUUCCACGCGUCACCGCAGUUUGCUUUAUACUACUGAAGUCGGCCAACUCGUUUCAAUCGAGUCGUCAACUCUUUGCCAUCCGACGAAACACAUGGAGUUCCGACGUGACCGGUUGCGAGACGAGAGAUUCUCAGGUAUUCCAAAGCAGCAGCAAUCGCAAGGAUAGCACCGAGGACGAUUUCAUAGAUAGGAUUGCCGUCGCGUCGUCUCUCUACUCCAAAAUUGACGAUGCGGAUGGAAACUCUGAUCGAAAUCGUCGUGAUUUUCUUCUUUCAACAGGCAGUACCUGUUUUGCGUUGACCAGUAUUUUGAAGUCGAACCCUGCCGAAGCCAUCAACAUCUUCAACAAGCAGGGAUUGUAUGUACUGAAUACGAAAGACGAAUUGUCUGCAUCGUCCAUGGGAAAUGAACAAGUUCAGGUUUUUCCCAAACUGAGUUCCGAGUAUGCGCUCUUGAAAGUUCUACCCGUGAAAAACCCUGUCUUUCGGACAGUGGAACAAAACCUGGAACAACUCUCGGUGCUCCGAUAUCGUCGUGAUGCCAGCGAGGACAAUAUCGACAAAGCAUGGGCGAGGGCAGAGUCUUCAAUCGAUACCGCCAUGUCGAUCCUUGCCAACAAACGAAAUCAACUGGAGCCUGUCUUCAACCCAGACGACAGCACCGAAGUGGCUAUUCUCAAAGCUGAAAGAGGAGAGAUUCUACUUGGUGACCUGAACGAAGACUUGGAAUACCUGAAAGAAUCGAUCCAAUUCAAGGUAUGUUGAACAAAGUGAAUUUUUCGUUUUAAUUGCCCCCUUUAUUUUUGUAUGGAGUUUGUCACUCAUACCUUCUUGGUGUUUAUUCUAUUAUAGAACGUUACGUGCGCAUUUGAAAAACAACGAAAAGCUUUAUUGACCCUUGGGCGAUUGGGAGAAUUACUUGUGAAAGAGUACCCAUACAAGGUCCCAAGCAAAGGCAAAUACUCCUUUUUACCACGACUAUUGGGUCGUGCCACAGUCACCUUUCGGUUCAAACGACCCUCUGGGACAAUCAUAGGAGACGUCAAGAUCGUAGCAGACGGUUACACGGCUCCAAUUACAGCUGGCAACUUGUAAGUCAGAGUGAAACACAUUUUCCAUGGCAGAAUAGUGUCAUUGCUUUGCUGAAAUUUGUGUUAUGUUUCUUGUCUUCUCUUCAGUAUCGAUUUAUGCAUUCGCAACUUCUACACUGGUCUUCCCGUAAAAGAGGCGAACAAAAAAGUUGCACCCUUGUAUCAAGAACAGCAAGAAAAUCUCCCUUUCAACCUUCUCGGAACAUAUAACGAAGGAUUUUAUGACCCGCUGACGGGUCAGCUCCGCGAGAUACCACUUGAAGUUAUCCUCAUUGAGGGCACACCAAAACUGACAUAUUCAUAUUCUCGAAGAUUUUCGGAACCCGAAUUCGAGGUGGGGGAAGCAAAAUUUGUGCCAGCGACUUCCACUGCAAGCAAAACGUUACUAACUUUCGAGAUACCAGGUCUGGUAGCCUUCAACCAUCCAAUCGGGAAUCCAAAUGGGGGCUCUUCCGAAUUUUUUGCCUUGCAAUCAUCAGUUUCAAAAGACAAAAAUUUCAAGCGCAGCGAUUUGAAUGGCCAGUACGCUCCUUUCGGUUACAUAAUAGAGGGCUUCGAUGUGUUUGAUUCUCUCAAACCUGGGGAUGUGAUUGACUCCACAACUGUGGAUGAUUUUGGACAACUGAAUUUGGUAAAGAUUAGGUCUUCAACUUUCAAGGAAGUUACGCAGGGAACCGAGGAGGCAUCGUCAAACGCCAAGACGAAAGCUUCGAGAGUGAAAAAAAAGGACCAGGAAUCCAAGGAGUGAUCCUGUAUGAAAGUAAGAAAACUCUGUCUGCCGCUCAACAUAAAAGUGUUGAGGCAGGUAAAAACAAUCAACUCCAUAUUCCUUUUAAUAGAGAAAUAUAUGUAGUAGUUGCUUGGGCAGUUGUUUUGUGAAUUCGGAAUCAACAUAUUUGAAUCACAUCAGCACGGAUGCAUAUUUUUAUGCGAUCAUUGGAGCGUCUGGCAUAUGUCAACCAGAUGUUACGUUUCGUACCACUCGUUUCUGAUGUGUUGAUGGCUUAUGAAAGUAAUUCUGUUGUGUAGAAAGCCAUCCAUUAGGCGACCCGGAAACAGCGAGAUCCAAAAAUGAUCUAGAGCUGGCCCGUCUCAUCAAACGACCAGGUUGUUUAUGAGGUUCAUAUGGAUGGUACAAUAGUUUACGACUUGAUCCAUAAGCUGAUUCGAUAUCUCCGCCACAUUCUGUGCUGACGGACGCUGUGUCGUCAUUAUCUUCAUCGUGGUCAGUGUCGACUGGUAGCACUACCGCUGGCUCCGACGUAAUCACUGUCGAUUUUUCACAUGCAAUGCAAACUGGAACGUAUGCCGCCUUAUGACAAUCUACGAGGAAUUGCCGAAAUUCUUCUCUUUUUGAUGUGCAGCUCCCCUCGUUUGUAUCCCAACCGUCCAGUAAAGAUGUUUGCAGCAAAGCCAUGUCCUUGAAGGGCUUGAGAUAGCGCUUCAAAAGAAUCCAUCGGUAAAAAAUUAUUGGAGCCAGAGGCAAGAAAGCGAAAACUGCUGGACCUGCUGCACCCCUGAUCAAGAGCAUUGUUCCAAGUAACAUCUUCCCGGCCACCAUUCCACUGACACACAUAUCGAAAAUAAAAGGGAAUCGUGCUCCUCCAACAUCGAACUGUGGCUUGUAGAGAAAAAUCAUGACCCAUCGAAGCAUUGGUACACAAAAAAGAAAAUAAACGAAAACUGCAAUUGCAACAAGCGGAGAUGCAGGAGCCAAAGCCAACAGGCAAAGCAUCACAAACCCCGAGUCAAUGUAUAUUCGGAAAGGUAUGGGACCCCCAGAACCGCCGCCCUGAAUAGCUCGUGCAAGACUCUUUACACCCAACCAGGAGAAAAUGAAAGUAUUCAUUUGAAGGAUAUACUGUGUAGGUGAGACAAUCAAUGCUCGAACAAUAAUCCAAUUGAGCCACAUAGCUGAGACGGUAUUUGGAAUUGUGCUCGCUAUACUUAUCACAGUGUAUCUGAUAUCAUGUUCACCCUCUUCGAAACUGUUUACUAGAGAGGUUCCCGUGAAAGCGGAGACAAUCAUGAACCACCAGAAAUAUCGUAUGGCGCUUCCCUCUGCACAAGCUGCACUUGUUGCGUUACUACCAAAAUUGGCAAUGAUCUUGAACAACGGAGGGCAGAUAGCAUAAAAACCCGUCCAGAUCAUCGCUGGUACAAACCCAUUGAAUAUAUACUCCGCCUGGUAAGCUGCAAGCUCCAAAUUCGGAGCGAUUUUCUCCAAAUAUUCAGGAGAAAUCAGUUUCUGUACCUGUGUCAAGGGGAUUACAUAAAAGAUGUAAAUCGUACCAAGUAAUGCAAGUGUCAGAGUGUGCCUAACCAUUUUCUGACGGUCAUUGAUACUCAACGUUACGGGUCGGACAAAGCUCGAUAGGUUGGAAACUGGGGCAUCUGCCAAAGGAGGUGAAGGCAAAUCAGUUAUAGUAUUCCAACGGUCCCCGCCUCUCGAAUCGGCCAGACAAUGUCUUGCCGCAACGGCAGCCUGCCGCGAAGUGAACGUGACUACUGCGAAUGUGCUUUCACUUGCCAAGUCAAAUGGGUCCAUCAUAUCGGUGGUACGCUUUCGCCAAAUUUGCAGGUUGAAGGCGUUCUUGAAAAUGGUAAUAAUUGACUCAAAAAUAG